AUGGCUGAAGCUACAGGCCUCCCCGAGAACUGGGAAGUCCGCCAUUCGAACUCGAAGAACCUGCCUUACUAUUUCAAUGCCGCCACCAAAGAGUCCCGCUGGGAGCCGCCAGCCGGCACCGACACCGAACGACUAAAGGUAUUCAUGGCCACAAAUCACACCGGACCUGCAGGAAUUGCCGGGCUUCCAGCCGAGGGCAAGAUUCGUUGCGCCCAUCUGCUCGUUAAACACCGUGACAGCCGCCGUCCGAGCAGCUGGCGCGAAAGCAACAUCACCCGCUCCAAGGAAGAGGCCAUUGAAAUACUCCGCAGCCACGAGCAAAGGAUCAAGUCUGGUGAAGUUCGUUUGGGUGACCUCGCCGUUUCCGAGUCUGACUGCAGCUCUGCGCGCAAGAAGGGUGAUCUUGGAUUUUUUGGUGUUGGUGAGAUGCAAAAAGAAUUUGAAGAUGCGGCUUUUGCUCUUCAACCUGGAGAAGUUAGCUCUAUUGUUGAGAGUGCUUCGGGGGUCCAUCUUAUUGAGCGGUAUGUUGACUGUCCUCAGGAUUGGUUUCAUUUGCUCCGACCCAAGAGCUGA